UUGCGCCUGCGCACUGCCGCUGGAGGGCCUUUCCCAGCGCCUCCACCCAGCUCCUAAACUCCUGAAACUGUCGCGACGCCCUGGGCAGACAGACUCUCCGGUUUGGGAGUGGUCGGAUGCAAAAGAAUGUAAAGCGUUUUCGGAGCGGUUCCAUCCCCUGCCCCACCGCAUUGGAAGGCAAAGGCCGGGCAAGGAGUGAGCUCUACGCACGCGCAGCGCGGCCACGUGGAACCGGUGCCGGGGCAGACGUGAGUGGAGGGCUCUGCGCUGGGAUGUGAGAUCCGGAGGGGUCGCUCUGGUUGGGAUCGAACCGGCGACUCGGCCAGGCGCGCGCAAAGUUGUCUAGGCCCCCAGUCCCUAGGGCUUCCCCGUCCCGGCGUGUUUUCCUGCGUCCCGGCCUGGGCUCAGGCUCUGCUCUGUUUGGAGUUGCGCGUCUUUUGGAUACGAGAAGCAAUCAGACAAAGCCCCACCCGGCCCUUCUGUUCUCCGCAGCCUGGAAGUGGAGGCCGACAAGAAAAUAACUCCAGUCGUGUGUGCUGAGUAGUAGGUCGGCACUAGAUAGACGGCAGACCAGAGAGAGAUGACCUCGGGGAUCGAUUACCGGAUCCGGAAACUGAGUCCUCCCUGCUUUACUCCCAGUUGAUCACUAAGUCGGGCGGAUUGUACCUCCUGUUUCAACUAGCAUGUGUUUCCGUCCACCGGCAACUCUGGUGAAGGUCACUGUCAUGUCUUCCCAGGACUAUUCCGACUCCUCUUUGCUGCUUUCAGUCUUGAUUCUGAAGACAGGAGGAGCUAAUGCCCAGAGCUUCUAACUGUAGUUUGGCGGGGGUGGGGGGGCGGGAUUUUGGUCAUGCAGCUUGUGGGAUCUUAGUUCCCCAGCCAGGUAUCAAACCUUUGCCCCUUGCAGUGAAAGCACAAAGUCUUAAUCACUGGACUGCUGGGGAUGUCCCUCCCUGUUGUUUGAAUUCGGAGGCACGUGAACUGUAGCUUGUGUGAAGCGAAAGCUCUGGUAGAUCACCGUAUUUGCUCCAUGGUCACUGAAUUCCCUCUUCCUGACCACCUUCAACCUGGUGCCAGCCUCUGCCAGUCACGUCACUGGAUUUGGAUGAGCAGCCUCCAGCUUGGGUUUUGACAGUGAUGGAGUAGACGUCACACCAUCCGGAAGCAACAUAUCUAACCAGAGCAGAAAUGCAUUGACUUCACAGAGGAAGGGGAAAAAAAAAGGUCCAAACUGGAUCAAGCCAAACAAUCAAGUAAGCAAACCAGUACGGCAAAUGAGAAAAACUAAGGAGGAGAAGCUAAGAAGAGAUUGCUGAAGACUUUGUUCAUUACCUCAAAUUUCUAUGAAAAAUUGAGUUUCAAGGGCUUGGAGCAAUAAUCAACAGAUUUCAAAGUGUGCUCGAGGCUGAUCAGAGGUUUUAUAUCCAAAGAGGUAUUGAAUUUGGCACUGGCCAGAAAGUUCCUGAGAGCAGCAAUUUUGUACCAUUUCCUCAACAAAUGGAGAGCAGAGACAAAGCUGAGACAAUCAGGAAUGAAAAAGUUGUGAACUGCUUAUACCAGAAUCGUAAUGCACUUUUUAGGCUGGUUUGCUUUCCUUGGGGAGGAGGUGGCUCCAAUUUCUUUGCCAAAUGGGGCCAAGAUAUUCCUAAUUCCGUGGAAGUGCAUGCCAUACGGCUUGCUGGGAGAGAAAGUCGGCUUGACGAACCUUUUGCAAGUGACAUGCAUCAGGUGGUUGAUGAAAUUGCCUGUGCCCUACUGCCAAUCAUGCAGGGUGAAAAUUUUGCAUUCUUUGGUCACAGUAUGGGAUCUUAUAUUGCUUUUUUUACUGCACUACAUCUGAAAGAAAAAUAUAAUCUAGAACCAGAACAUUUAUUUGUGUCAAGUGCAAGCCCUCCUCAUGCCCGACUUCCUUUCCUCAAAGAUGAUAUGUGUGUCGAACAAAUUGCCUUUUUACUGAAGGAAAUGGGAGGCAUUCGUGACGAUUUUGUUGGUGAUGAGGAACAGAGUCAAGAAUCCUUUACCAAAGUGUUAGCAGAUCUUCACAUUUUGAAAGAUGUCAUCUGUAACACACACUCUAAGACUCGUCUUUCUUGUGACAUAACAUGCUUUUCUGGAUCUGAAGAUAUACCAGCGGAUAUGGAAGCCUGGAAAGAUGUAACCAGUGGAAAUUUUGAAAGUUUUGUGCUUCCAGGACACCACUUCUAUCUUCUGGAACCUUCCAACACAAGCUUCAUCAAGAAAUACAUAACCAAGUCUCUAGAAAUAUCAGCGCUUGCCUCUUGACAGAUACCUCCCCUUCUUGGUCUUAAAACAGUCCCAUUGAUCAUGUGAUACUCUUCUUCGGUGUUUCAGAGUAGCUUAGGAGUUUGUUUCAGAGAUUGGAAAAUGAUCAAUUUGCUGCUGUCAGGGUGAUGUGUUAUCUACAAAUGUAUUUCCCCACAGAGCAUUUACAUAUCUGGGGGAUGCAAGAUGAAUGGGUCAAGAAUACUUUCGGGAGGGUCUUUCUUCUUUGUAUUAGAAUCGCAUUUGGGUCUCAUCUGUGGAAGGUUUGUCAAUGAAGUUCCUGCUUGGUCAAUGAUUCGUUUCUUCCUUUCGGUUAUUCUGACAGUGAAAAUCACAGACAGGGGAAGUGCUUGAAAUGAAAUGACUGUUUCAUUAACACACUGGGGCCCAAAGCCUGAUCUCAUCUUUUGAAAUAUAGGGUUGCCCCAAUCAAUGAGGAAAUGUUAAAAUAAGACAGCCCUGAAUAAUCAUUGCUGCCUGUCCUGGCAAGUCCCCGGAAUGCCCGUAGCCCUCUUAGGUUCUCUUCUAAGGGGUUCCUCCGACCUGGACUGCUUGCUGUCUGUGUGUGUUCCCGCUGCUGUUCAGGCAAUGACCAACUGGGACUCAGGGUGACUGUCCGGAGUCUAGUCCUCAGUGUACAGAGGGUCAGGCACAAAUGCCAGACCCAGCAGGCUGCCUCAGCUUCAUGUGUGAUCAUCUGAACCAGACAGAGAAAGCAAGCACACCAGUUGGAAACAUACAGGAAAGAAAAGGGAAAAAAUUAAGUAGGAGACUGACCUGAGUCAGAGCAACGGCAGACCACCACUGGUAGGAUUCACAGAUGCCUACUGCCCGGGAUGGAGAGGCACCAUAUCCCCAGGGCUACGUGGGUCCUGCCAUCUCUGCCGAGGCCCAAACCGUGUUUGUCUCUUGGAAUCCUGGCUGUUUAACUGGCACCUUGAUUUGUUAUCUCCCUUGGUUCUUCACAAUAAAGCCCCUACUGCAUGCAA